AUGGUCGUUGGUUGGCUGCUGCUUCUGAUGAGCCUGUCCCCAAGCGCAAGAGCCAUCAAGGACUGUGUUUUCUGUGAGUUCACUGACUCCACGCAGUGCCCUGGCACCCGCAUGCAUUGUGGGGACGACGAGGACUGCUUCACAGGCCGUGGCACGGCCCACGGUGUGGGGCCCAUCAUCAACAAGGGCUGCAUACGCUCCGCCAGUUGUGGUCACGAGGAGCCUGUCAGCUACAUGGGCCUCACCUACAGCCUCACCACCACCUGCUGUUCUGGCCAUCUAUGCAAUAAGGGUAUCUGUCCCACCACAGGGGCCAUCAGCCUGGUGCUGGGCUUGCUGCUGCUCCUCCGGCACUGGCUGUAA